AUGUUGCAAGAACUCAUCGAGGCAUCAAAUCUUGACGAACUGACAAAAGGAACAAUGCAGAUGAACCGGGAGCAGUUUCAAAAACUCCUUGAGGUGUGGCGCACCUGGCUUGAUCUCAGUUCACGCCAAGGAGACUGGAUAACAGAGGCUCGGAACAGGGGAUUUACGAACUUUGACGACAGAGAGGGAAUGGAACUUUAUGUAGAAGAACUUCCUAAGGAACAUAAAGCAUCGGCAUCUGAUUGGUUUGCCAACGGGAUUCUUCUGCCUGAAAAAUCACGAAAGAAGCUUUAUCGAGAAAAUUUUACCCUCACGGGUUCCGACCUCCAAGUAAACCACAACAAGGGCGCUUUCUCUUACAAAAUUCAGUCAUCCAUACUUCCAUUUGCAGGCUGGGACUACAAUGAAGUACGCCAGUGGAGUCACUCACCGUCACUGUUGAAAAUGUAUAGCGAGUAUGUGAAUCACGUGCUUAAACAAUCGGCUUUAAAGCUUGUCACCGGGCGAGUCAAGUUUCACUUUCUGCUGUGUAACUGCAUGGAGAUUGCAAGGUUUGUUCCCCCAGACCACAAGUAUGACCGUGUCACAGCCCCCAACAUUGCAGAUUAUGUUCCCCUGCCCAGCAUCCUGGAUACCUACAAGCCACUCUUAAACUUAUGUAAUCCCUUCUCGGUCAUUAUUACAGAGUUUUUAAAUUGGCCAAGGUACGUAAAUGUUAAGGAGGAGUUGAUGGUACGUGCCUUUUUCAUGCCGAAAGAUGACAGCUUUCGCCAAAAAUUUUUUGAAAAUACCAAAAAUUCCGCCAUUGCAUAUUCAGAAUCUUAUCAGUCUUUUGUAGAGUAUCAUGACCACAGUGACCAGUUCAUCCAAUUCCUCCGUGCGGCCUUGCUGAUCUCUAAGUUCCCUCAUGAAGGUACUUGCAGGCGCAUAUGGAAGUCAGUGGCUGACUACAACGGGCUGGUUGCACGUGAUUUCCUUCGAUGCCAAAAUCGAGUCUUUCCCGCCAAGUGGUUGUUGAACUGCCGCCGAGUUUAUCAAUCAUAA